UGAAUACGGUAGAAUAUUAGUGUAAUUGGCCCUGUAAGUAAAAUUUCCUUGGGCAGUGGGUGCAGUCAAUUUAUUGUUUCAUGUCGUUAGUACCGAUUAAUAAAGUGAAUUGAGAACUUGAACAUUGUAUUUAAAGUGUGGAAAGUUGAGUUUUGUAGUUCGUAGGAUUUUAACGCAAGUUCAAUAAACUUAAUCAGAAGGGAAUUGAGGUGUGGUCCACAAACUUUCAGCCAUCUUCGGGAAUAGGUUUGACCGUAUAGACUAUUGUAAUAGAAUUCAUGGCUGCUAUACGGAAGAAACUUGUGAUUGUCGGAGAUGGUGCCUGCGGUAAAACUUGCCUGCUCAUAGUUUUCAGCAAGGAUCAGUUUCCAGAAGUUUACGUUCCAACCGUUUUUGAAAACUAUGUAGCUGACAUAGAAGUCGACGGGAAACAGGUCGAGUUGGCGCUGUGGGAUACGGCAGGGCAGGAGGAUUACGACAGGCUACGGCCAUUGUCUUAUCCCGACACGGAUGUCAUACUCAUGUGUUUCUCUAUUGACUCGCCAGAUUCAUUGGAAAAUAUUCCAGAGAAAUGGACUCCAGAAGUGAAGCAUUUCUGCCCCAACGUUCCCAUAAUUCUUGUUGGGAACAAGAAGGAUUUGCGGAACGACCCUAACACAAUCAAAGAGCUCGGGAAGAUGAAGCAGGAGCCCGUGAAACCAGAAGAGGGGCGAGCCAUGGCUGAGAAGAUUAAUGCAUUUGCGUACUUGGAAUGUUCUGCCAAAAGCAAAGAAGGCGUUCGUGAAGUGUUCGAGACCGCAACCAGGGCCGCGUUACAGGUGAAAAAGAAGAAGAAAGGAAGAUGUAGGUUGUUGUAAUACGUGUUAAUAACAUGUUGCCAGCAACGACGCUGAUCUGAAAGAAUAAUCAGGAAUACACUACAUGAUAAUCUUCUAGACCUGAUGUCCAGAAUUGUCUUGAGACAGAUAGUUGCUAUGCUUGACAGAGCAUAGUCGGCAAAGUGGACAUAUUCCACGGCGUCCGUACAUCUUCACAUACUAUACUGUACUCUAUACUAUGCUGUAAUGCAC